GUUCCCUUAGCGAAAAGUCGCCAUUUGCAAAUCAGUUGGCGAGACGGGGAUUUGUGUAGAAUUUUCGGAACAACAGUAUAAAUGUCUGACGGCCUACAGUAUGUCUAUAUCAAGGAUAUUAAACCUGCCCAGAAGAAUCUCAAUGUGAUCUUUAUCAUUUUGGAAAUUGGUUCUCCUACUCGCACGAAGGAUAACCAUACUGUUCGUUCUUGUAAAGUUGCGGACAAGACUGGCAGUAUCAACAUUUCAAUAUGGGAUGAGAUCGGAGAGAUGAUUUUGACAGGGGAUAUAUGUCGACUAGUGAAGGGAUACACAAAUAUAUUCAAGAACUGUUUGACACUGUAUGCAGGGAAAAAUGGAGGCAUCAAUAAGAUUGGAGAGUUCUGCAUGCAGUUUUCAGAGAUGCCAAACAUGAGUGAACCUAAUCCUGAGUUUGCUCAACAACAAGCCCAGGCUAAAGAACAGCAAGCCAAUCAGAGAAAGUCUCCAACAGAACUGGACAGCAAUCAGUCCCCAAACACCAUGGCUAAUUUGAACAACCCGGGCGGACGCGGUUCACCUCCAGUCAGAACUAAUUCAGCUCCACAAGGUCAGAGGCAAAUGGGCAAUGGGCAAAACUUCAAUAACAGACAGCAGCGACCUCAAGGUCAAACUGGACAAGGUCAAAGACCAAAUUUUGGUCCAAAUCUUAACAGGGGUCAGCAACAGUUUCAAGGAACAGCGGGACCUCCAGGAAGAAAUCCAAAUCAAGGUCCAGGUCAGAACAGAAUUCAGCAACCAGGUCAAGUUCAAGGUCAAAAUCAGCAAAACAGAAAUGCAAGAAGAUAGCAGUAUGGAUGUAAUUGACCGUUGUAACAACGCAAAAGUAUUUGAUGCUUCUCAUGUUUACUAAAAGAUGUGAAACACCUUAGAAAGUGAAAACUACACACACACAAAAUAAAAUAUACAAGGAUUUUUUAUUCUUCGUAGACUGUUUCAAGGACUUUGAUUGAAGGAUUAGAAGCUCUCUAUUUUAUUCCAUGUAACAAGUCACGCAACCAGUCCGGAAAUGCCAGUUUAUGAAAUUAUAUUGUUUUGGCAGUACAUAUGUAAUCAGAAGAGGAAGUGGUAAAACUUGAUGACAAUGCUACGAUACAUACACUGUCGUUAAAAAAGGGAGACUUAUUGCAUUUAUUAGGCAGUAAAUUUUCUUCACAUUUGUAUUUUUGACAUAAUCCACUCCCAAUUCUGUGAUCGAUAUUCAUUUCAGCUAAAAUGGUGAUCAUCAGCACUAUGGAAGGGAAUCUCCGCCAGGACAUGCAUGCUGCUAAAUGACAUUGCUAUGUUAUUUACUUACAUAUGCGUUCUGCAACAUUGCAACUGCAUUUUAGUUUCUUACAUUUGCCUUACAAGAAAUUCAUCUUUAAUGCUUCUUAAUGCUAAGAAAACAGUCCUUUCAUGAGUAUCGGUUAUUCUUGCAUGUAAUUGACAAGUGCGUUCAACCUUUUUGUUUGCUUACUGCAAUAUUGAAAUGUAUACCCAUGCUAUUACUAACUGUAUUCUAUGUUUUCUUACGCGUAUUUGACUUUGUUGCUACUGAAUGUAACGAGCUAUUAACAACGUUGUGACUUGUGAAUAUUCCGAAAUUUUCAUAACUUGAUUGUUACUGCUUUUUGGAUUUAACAUUAGUGAUGUUUGCAACCACUUGGUUCUUGUUUAUAUUACAGUUUCCCGGCAAAAAUAAUAUACUUAAACACAUGGCUUUAAUAAAUAUUUAAACUUGCAGUACAACAAAAAUCUAAGCACGGUAGUGCAUUACAACAUUACAGGGAACCAACAAAAAGCAAAAAAUUUAGCGCAAGUUAGUAUACACGGGAGACCACUCUCGACAGCAAAUUCACGUGUUCGGUAGUUUCCGUGGGUUAAACGGUGAGAGAGUCUAAACUUACCCGUGUACUUGUGUUGGUUUCGGUGUUAUCGGCAAUAGAAUAUUUCUAUUCCUGACAAGUUCUUAACAGUAUUGUCACAAUCAAAUUGUAUGCUUUUUGAACAGAGAGCCAGCUGAAAUCCUUUACCUAAAUACUGUCUUCAACAGAAAUUGAAUUGUGUGUGUGUGUGCAGAUCGUAUUCCACUUUUCUUUGUUGUAGCAAAGAAGUAUAAAAUAUUUUUAUAGCUCUUUGGUUGUAGCGAUGACCGCCUCAGUGCUCAAGGGCGUAGGAGCUGGGGCGGCAGGACGGCACCGCCGCCCCAAUAAUUCCAGGAGCGGUGAAAUGCCGAACUCGUGUUUUUUUGAAAAUGAGAAUAAUACAGCGGUAUUCCCUUGUCAAUUUAUCAUGAAAUGCAUCGACGACUGAUAUGUACACAGAAUCUUGUAUCGCUGACACUUUGCAAGAUCACCAUGGUGACAGUGUAUUGUACCAAAGUUGCUGUAUUUUCACACCCCGCAGACUCGGGCGAUACAUUAAUUAAUGAAAGUCAAUCGUAUUUAAUUGCAUACUGCCGAACAGAUUAUAGACACUUGCAAUUGAUGUUGUGUCUCAAAUUCUGCCGACUGAGUAAAACACAAACGCAAAUCGGCAUCUUUAGAUGUCUUUUCAUAAAAUUUAUAAAAUUAAAUAUUUUGGACACUUAAACAAUUUGUUUGAAAUAUCAAAGAAACCAGUCAUAAUGAAUCUACGCAUCAAAUGUAGAAAAAUCCUCAUUGAUUUUACAGAUCUAGUUACAUUAACAAGUAUUACAGCUUCAAUAUAAAAAUGGAAAAACCCAAUUAGCCACACCAUUUUGCGUUUCCAAAGCGAUCAUUCGGUAAAAAGAACCCUGAACUCCAUUUAUUCAACCCUCAAUUGUUUCAGCAUAUUUCCAUGGAUUCACUAUGAUAUGAGUCUUCUGCUCGAUCCCCUACUUAGACAGUAUUGGUUCUACCCUGGCAAUACAUUGUCCGUAUCUAACAUAGUACCGCCAUUUCAGUGUUUGAACACAGUAAACUGAAAAAAGGGGUGAAAACUCGAAAAGAAACGAGUAUGUUCAACAGCUACUGAGCAGUCCAAGAAGUCGCCAGAUUGCACUAUUUAUUCUAGUUAUAUGCAACAUUUUCACAGGGCCAACCGUGACCCCGUUCAUUGGAGGGAGAUGGGAGGGGUACCCCCUCCCAAACCCACCCACCCACCUCCGCCGCCCCAAUGCUCAAAUCGUCCCAACGCCCCUGGUGCUGUAUCGUUGUCAUCUCUGGUUACUGUUACUCUUAUUGUGCUUAUUCUCUGUUGCUUUAUACAAAAAUGUCUUCUAGUAUUUUGACUUAAUUUUAAUUUGAGGGAAGUUGUUCAAUUUACAUUAAUCAAAUCUCCCUGAAUCUGUUAUGUAUUUACUGAAAGCUUUGACCAGUACGGUUUUUGGAGGCAAAUUCGUUGGGUACUUUUUUUACUAAAACACCGUUCAUGGUUCACUGAUUUUACGGAAGCUGCCGGAAAUUCUGGUUCCCAGCUUUCUACGAAUUUCAUAUUACAAAUGUUAAAGUCGCAUUUGAUUAACUUCGUGCUGCUUAGUGCUUACUUAGCUCUGUUUUCGCCUUGCAUAAAUUUCAAUCAUUGCAAUAUUUAGAAUCCGUGAAUUUAAAGUAGGGACCUAUAUAGAAAAGGUCUACAACAGGGACCUAUAUAUCAAAAACAAAAAACAACGGGCAACAACUAAAUGUUAACAUGCAUGUGUUAGUUUUAUAUAAUGGAGGAACGAUUUAAUCAAUUUCAGAAAGUAAAACGUACAAAACACUUAGAACGUGUUCACAUAAACAUUUUAAUAUGCCACAGAAUGGAAGCAUAUGCCAUUUACACGCACGAAUAUGCGUUUUACAUACAUGCAGUGACGAAAGAUGCAAGGUAUGUGCCACUAACGGAUGGAAGGUAACACAAAGACGCAUGGAUGUUGCAUUUAGUUUAAAACGAAUAACACAAGGCAACAUGCAUUUAUCAUUUAGCAGCAUGCAUGUCCUGGCGGAGAUCCCCUAAAAUGCAGUUGCAAUGUUGCAGAACGCAUAUGUAAGUAAAUAACAUAGCAAUUUCAUUUAGCAGCAUGCAUGUCCUGGCGGAGAUUCCCUUCCAUACAGCACUGCAUUAUUCAAAAUAAUUGCAUCAUUUCUUUACUUUAUUGUUAUGAUUAGUAAAAAACUUGGUUACUCACUGGAUUAGAAGUACUUGGGUUACUCACUGGAUUAGAAUUUACGAAACAGGUGCUUGCAGAGGCUUACGGGUAAAUAAUAUAUUCAGUGUUGUUUAAAGGCAAAUUUAUUGCUCCUUAUCCAUCAAAGUCCUUGGCAGUUUUUGAUAAGUAAAUUUAAAUUUUCAAGUAUUAAAUUGGGAAAAGACCUGAAAUUUGACAUUUAUUGAAUGUUUACUUGCUUUUAUCAUAGCGGAAGAUUGGACCUGGGUAAUGAAAUUACAUAUGAACUCCGAAGGAUAUUUUAUAUAUCUAGGUGAUUUAUUAAAAUGAUAUUUUUAGCUCACCUGAGCACAAAGUGCUCGGGGUGAGCUAUUGUGAUCGUUCUCCGUCCAUACGUCGUCCAUCCGUCCGUCCACACUUUCCUUUAAACAACAUCUCCUCCUAAACCACCAGGCCAAUUUUGAUGAAACUUCACAGGGAUAUUCCAUGGAUGGAUCUCUUUAAAAAUUGUUCAAAGAGUUGAAUUCCAUACUGAACUCUGGUUGCCAUGGCAACCGAAAGGAAAAACUUUAAAAAUCUUCUUCUCAAAAACCAGAAGCCCUAGAGCUUAGAUAUUUGUGUGAAGUAUUGCCUAGUGGACCUCUACCAAAUUUGUUCAAAUCAUGACCCCGGGGUCAAAAUUGAUCCCGCCACAGGGUUCACUUGAUUUUACAUAGGAAAUCUUAGAAAAUCUUCUCAAAAAACAGAAGCCCUAGAGCUUAGAUAUUUGACAUGUAGCAUUGCCUAAUGGACCUCUACUAUAAUUGUUCAAGUCAUGACCACGGGGUCAAAAUUGACCCUGCCCCAGAUGUCACUUGAUUUUACCAAGGAAAAUCUUCAGAAAUUUUCUAAAAAUAAACCUGAAGGCCUAGAGCUUAGAUAUUUGACAUGUAGCAUUGCCUAAUGAACCUCUACAAAAUUUGUUCAAAUCAUGACCCACGGGGUCAAAAUUGACCCCGCCCCAGGGGUCACUUGAUUUUACAUAGGAAAAUCGUCAAAAAUUUUCUAAAAAUAAACCAGAAGGCCUAGAUCUUAGAUAUUUGACAUGUAGCAUUGCCUAGUAGACUUCUACAAAAUUUAUUCAAAUCAUGACCCCGCCCCAUGGGGUUUCUUGAUUGUACAUAGUAAAAUCUUCAAAAUUUACUAAAAAUAAACCAGAAGGCCUAGUGCUUUGAUAUUUGACAUGUAGCAUUGCCUAGUAGACCUCUACAAAAUUUGUUCAAAUCAUGACCCCGCCCCAGGGGUCACUUGAUUUUGCAUAAGAAAAUCUUCAAAAAUUUUCUAAAAAUAAACCAGAAGGCCUAGAGCUUAGAUAUUUGACAUGUAGCAUUGCCUAGUGGACCUCUACAAAAUUUGUUCAAAUCAUGACCCCCGGGGUCAAAAUUGACCCCACCCCAGGGGUCACUUGAUUUUACAUAGGAAAAUCUUCAAAAAUUGUCUAAAAAUAAACCAGAAGGCCUAGGUCUUAGAUAUUUGACAUGUGGCAUUGCCUAGUAGACUUCUACAAAAUUUGUUCAAAUGAUGACCCCCAGGAUCAAAUUGGCCCCGCCUCAUGGGGUUACUUGAUUGUACAUAGAAAAAUCUUCAAAAUUUUCUAAAAAAAAUCCCCAGAAGACCUAGAGCUUAGAUAUUUGACCUGUAGCAUUGCCUAGUGGACCUCUACAAAAGUUGUUCAAAUCUUGACCCCCCAGGGUCAAAUUGACACAGCCCCAAGGGUUACUUGAUUGUACAUAGGGAAAUCUUCAUAAAUUUGCUAAAAAUAAAUCAGAAAGCCUAGAUCUUAGAUAUUUGAUCUGUAACAUUGCCUAGUAGACUUCUACAAACUUUGUUCAGAUCAUGACCCUCGGGGUAAAAUUGGCCCUGCCCCAGGGGUUACUUGAUUGUACAUCGGAAAAUCUUCCAAAAAAUUUCUAAAAAUCAUCAGUUUGACAUUUGAAACAUGUAGCUCAUAUUACUCUGGUGAGCGAUCCAGGGUCAUCAUAACCCUCUUGUUAUGUCUCCCACCACACGGUGUGGGAGACAAAUUGAUUUACUCCAGUCUGUCUGUGUGUCUGUGUGUGUGUCUGUCACAAAGCUUGUCCGCACUCUAAGUCGAACACUUCUCAUCCGAUUUUCACCAAACUUGAACAAAAUGUGUUUGACCAUAAGACCUCGGCCAAGUUCGAUAACUAGCCAAAUCUGUCCAGGCGUCUUGGAGUUAUGGCCUUUGAAUUACCAAAAAUCGGUCUUUUUACUCUUGUCCGCACUCUAAUUCGAAUAUUUCUCAUCCAAUCUUCACCAAACUUAAACAAAAUGUGUUUGACCAUGAGACCUCACCCAAGUUCGAUAACUAGCCAAAUCGGUCCAGGCAGUUUGGAGUUACGGCCCUUGAAUUAUCGAAAAAUUGGCCUUUUUACUCAUGUCUGCACUCUUAAUCAAACAUUUCUCAUCCGAUCUUCACCAAACUUGAACAAAAUGUGUUUGACCAUGAGACCUCGGUCAAGUUCAAUAACUAGCCAAAUCGGUUCAGGCAUUUUGGAGUUACGGCCCUUGAAUUAUCGAAAAAUUGGCCUUUUUACUCUUGUCCGCACUCUAAGUCGAACAUUUCUCAUCCGAUCUUCACCAAACUUGAACAAAACGUGUUUGACCAUGAGACCUCAGCCAAGUUCGAUAACUAGCCAAAUCUGUCCAGGCAUUUUAGAGUUACGGCCCUUGAAUUACCGAAAAAAUCCGUCUGUUUACUCUUGUCCGCUCUCUAAGUCGUACAUUUCUCAGCCGAUCUUCACCAAACUUGAACAAAAUGUGUUUGGCCAUAAGACCUUACCCAAGUUCGAUAACUAGCCAAAUCCGCCCAGGCACUUUUGAUUUAUGGCCCUUGAAUUACUGAUUGGAUCCACUCAUCUAGACCAUCUAAUUGGAUCCACUCGUCUAAAACAUCUAGAGAAACUAACAUUUUUCAUAGGGGCAGUUGUGGGAGACAUGCGCUUUUCUCAAAAGCAUCUCUGGUUUGUUAGUACUUCACUUUUGAUCAUUAUCAUUAAAACAGAUCAAAUUUUCAAUAAAGUAGUCAGUUAAUACUUUGUACUUGACCUAGUCAUCAUAAUUCAAGGCUGCAAGCUGAACUGCAAGUUUAUAAAAGCACACUAUAAAUUGAACAUACUACCUGUAUUUAAUCCUUUCCAGAAAAGGAACUUGUUUUCAUUAUACAUUAGUAAAGUAUGUGUAGUAAGAAAUGUCAGAUAUGAGAUGAUACAUUUUCUAUCUAGUUUUGACUGAAAAAGAAAUUGUUAGUGCUGUAGAAACUUUUCUCUUUCUAUUUCUUGAUUCAAAAAAAGUUUAUAUGUAUUACUAGGUCUAAUGAUUUAAUUUAAAUACUGCAUAUGUAUUUUUCAUUUCUUUACUUAAAGUAUGGAUUAAAACUUCCUUUAGAAAUAAUGAAAUAAUAUACUAUUCAUAAUUUUAAGAACCGUUAUAUUUAUACCUUUAUGAAUGUGUGACCCAUUAUUUUGUAAUGUAAUAGGUGGUAUUGUAUAUAUUAAGAUUGUGUUCAUAUUGAUUAAAUGUUGGAAAAAUCAUAA